AUGGCGUUAAGUUGUCUCUCUUGCUUUGCUGCAAGCAACUUGAUUUUACUGAUAACUGGAGGGUUAUCUUUGCCUUUGUACUUUUCAUAUUUUGGUUCCGAAGCAGCAACAAGAUUUUCUUUGCUUCUUUGUUUACAUUCUGUCCUACUUGCGGCAAUACCAAGAGUUUUGGUGAGUAUUAUAUUCCCGUCCGGCGUUUUUUAAAUUUUAGGUAGCCAGAAGUAGUACCCCUCCUAUUCAGAGUACUUGAAAGUAAGCUAACUCUUAAACUGAUCGGCCUGAAACUUUGACAUGCCCUUCAGGAAACCUUCGGGAAGAAAUUUUGGGCUGUUCAAGUUUCCAUUCCUGUGCUUUUACAGUUCCUUCUAUGUUAUAGUUGUUAUGAUAGAAGAAACCCCAGGGUAUCCGAUCGAUGAAAUCGUUAAUCGAUGACAGUCGAAAUCAAUCAAUACCAAUCCAUAUCAGUAAAUCGAUUGAUUUUGAUAAUCGAUGACCAGUCAAUGGCUAAGAUUCGUGUGGUUAUCGAUUGGUGUCGAUUUUCAAUAACAGUCGAUAGAUAAAUUGGUAUCUAUUGGUUGCAGAUUGACACAGAAAUAUUUGCAAGUACUGGCCAAAGGGGAUCUACAAGCUCGGACUGUAAGCGGCCGAGCUGUCCACGAUGGUUAACAACUUAAAAGGCGUUUCCGCAUUCUCCCCUCUUCUUGUUAGCAGUAAACACUUCGCCGGCGUUCACCUCAAAAUGGCAAAGGUGAUAGCCUCUGACGAUGCACCUUAUAUUCAGUAAAGCCUCUUCCCGGACUUCUUGGGUAGACAUGAUGACAUGGAAAGGCAGUGAUGGGCAAGUGGGUGAUUCGAGUACUUGUGCAACGGGGUAUAUUCUUUGCAUUGAGAUGACUGGGUCAGAAUUGUAUACCAAUUUCUUUCCCAGGUCUUCCUAGAAAUGGCGGAUGAUCGGACAGGUAGCAUGCGAGACGUCUGUUCGAGGUUGCCAUGUUGAUCGAUAGUAAUCAAUGAACGGUUUUUGUGUGGUUAUUGAUUGAUCAUCGAUUGACCAAUACCAACCGAUACCAAUUAAUAAUUUAAUUUUAGCGAUUGAUAUCGAUUGAUCGAUUGGUUUUCCGAUCAUCGAUUUCCAUUGAUCGGGUGCCCCGGGAUUGAAACAGGUAACAAGUAGGUUCGCCUACCAUCUCGAUCUCUGCUAGCACGUUAUUUAACCACGAGGUUCUUAACACGUGGGUUUUAACUAACUUUAGUACAAUAUCAGUGCCACUGUUAAGCUUCUAAUUAACCUUAACUUGACAGAAAUCUGCUUUACCAAUGCUACAGUUGUUGUUAUUUGUUACCCUUCUGCUUCUUCCAUUCAACGUGACUCCACAUUUUAUUGUCUGGAGUUAUCAGAAGAUUCUCCGUCUGUCAGAGUCUGCUUUUUUGCUGACCGAAGCUGUGUUGUCAGUGUUGGUGGUGAUGUUUGUAAGCCAGUCUAUUGUGAAUGAGAUUGAUGAACACCCAGUUUUAGUCAAGGUAUAAGGUAACAUAGGAAAUAAAGUGUGCAUUCUGAUUGGCCAAUGAUCUUCUUAUUAUUUGCCAAUCAGUAACUACACUAGUGAAGGCCAACUGCCAUCCUCAAGGCAGUAUGUACAGGGUGCAAAGAAAAUCAUUUUUACAGCUUGCCAUUCGGGCAAGCUGAAGCUAGCAUUUACUAGCCCAGACGCCAUUUCAACUAGCCCCAAAAACUUUUUGUUCUUAUGUUAUUCAAAGUCCUCAUAAAACAUCACUUGCCCGUCGGGCAAGUUAAACAUAGGCACGUUAAACAUGCAUGAGCUAUUUUGAAUGCUUCAGUGUAACCUUACCAAGAAUGAUGAAUCUACCUUUUUCGUCCUAAAUAUAGACUGGGUUUUUGUGCAAAAUUGGGUAUUGCCGUACAUAAAUGAAAACGCGAAACGCUCAGCUGCGUCGAUCCUCAUGCUAUAUAUUCACUUUCCUCUGUCUUUCCCUGUUACAUUUGGUGCAAGUUCAACAAAUUAUUAAAGUAAAAUAAAUAUCUACUCACCAAACGUUGAUUAGAAGGAAAACUCUAAGGUUUCCUCGGAGUUUCUUAAGCCAAAAUGUGACUCAUCGAAUUCGAGUAGUUAAGAAAUACCAGGAUUCUUAUCAUUGUGGUAGAUGGUUGCAUCAUCACAAUCCACGAGGUUUUCACGUGCGAUUCUACUCAGUGAAACAGUCCUUAACUCCAACAACUUAUUUCUUCAUGUUUUAAAAGCUAUUGCUUCUUAAAAGAAAAGAGCCUUUUUUAAGGCAUUGGUUACAAAACAAAACAGGUCUUCGUACGUUCAAGUUACUAUUAUUAUUGUAAAAAGCCAAUCUGUAUGAGACAUACAGUCACACAACUGGCACGUGAAAGUGUUGGACUUUGCCCCCUUUCAUGGUUCGUACGUGAGGGAAUUCGAGUUAUCACACGUUAAUCUAUAAGUAAACAGAAUUAUAAAAAUAACUCAUGCACACAAUUUGCACAUGAAGAUGUUGGCCUUUGGCCCCUUUACAAUUCGUACGUAAAAAAAACGCAAAUUGUUUACUACAAAAUUUUCUCAACGAUUUUAAGAAAUCACCUCGGCUUCAUUACAACAUCUGCAAUUAAAUUAUGUUUCAUGCAACGUCAAGGUUGAUAGCCUAACGUUUAUUAACUUUAAUUUGUAAGCGAGAGAAUAAUAUUUUUAAAGCUUGUUUACAGGAUUAACAAUACUCGGUGCAUCUUUAAAAAAAAUAAGCUGCCUUUCAAACUUGUAAAACCACAUUUUAUAUGCUGCAUACUUUCAAAUUAAAGUCCAUAUCUAAAUAUCAAUUAUUGCUUCACUGGAAGAGCUUUGAAAAUAUGAUCUUUUAUACUCUACCUUGGAGCAGGUGAAACACAACUCAUAAAUACGUGCAUCAGUACUGUUCGCGAUAGCUGAAUUCGGUCAGAAAUGUCUUGAAAUAGCAUCCACACUAAAAUAUGAACCCUUAAACAGCUGCAUCACUGUACACAGCGUUUGAAUCAUGAAGAUGUUUAAUAUAAUGUUCCCAAACACCUGUAGCCGUAAUAUACGACGAAAAAAUUGUCAAGAAUCAAGAUGGCGGUCUCAAAGUGCCCUUGUUCGACCUUUAGAGCUCUUUAGCAAUGUCAUGUUUAAGUAGAUGCCAAGAUCUCAUUGGUUCCUAAGCAUCAACUCAUAGUACCUUCAACCUUAUUGGCUCUUGCAACAAACAUCCAGACAUACAAAGUUACAAAGAUACAAAGUUACAAAGAUACAUUUAUAGUUACAAAGAUACAAAGCCACAAAGAUACAUACGCUCACACCACUGACAUAUGAGCUAUUUUUUCAAAAUAGCUCAAAAACAGAAUUCACUAGCCUGAUAGCAAAAUCCACUAGCCCCGGGCUAUCGGACAGUACUUUCUUUGCACGCUGAUGUAUCAAUUAUUUUUAUGCACAAAUAUUUUUAAAAUUUUAUUGUGGAACUUAUGUUACACGAACAUUCAGAAUAACAUUAAAAAAGGUUUUAAAAAAUAAGUUUUAAAUAUUAUUACCUUGAAACAGUAAACCUUUGAUACAUUAAUGCCAUGUGGUGUGCAGUCUCCUACAUAAUUUUGCUGUUCUUCAUCUUAACAUGCAAUAGUUUGUAAGAGACAAAGAAAUGUGCAUUAGAGACUACAUGGUCUGAAAUAGAUAAAAAAAACCCAAGCUGGAAAGACCAGAAUACAUUUCUUUGGAUGAAAGCUUUUGUUAAUUUGUCAUGAAGCUGCAUCUAUAUGUUAUUGUUUAAUUUAGAAAAAAUGUCAGUAUAUGUUUUUUUGCGUAGUCUAGUAUCCUAACCAUCUCAGGAGUUGCAUAUUUUCUGUCAAUGUUCCUUGGUUACAAUCUGUUUGCUGAUAUUCACACCACAGAUAUGGAAACCUGGUAAGAAAGUCUCUGACUCUCAGAUUUUUUUUUACCUUUGAAUGGUAUGUGCAAUAACCACAUGAUACAUUCUUUGAAUUAACACAUUAGCAGUCAAUCAAUAAAGUUCAGUUUUAAAUUAUCAAAAUUUUUUCUUGGCUCUGAGGCUGAAGGUAUUUGAACAAAAGAGGAGAAUUAUUAAACCUGGAAUUUAUUUCACCAUUCUCACAUUGGCCAUUAUCCACCUUGUCAACCCCUCAAAAUCUUGCAUAAAUAGAGGAUAUUACAUGGCCGCUCGGAGAUACGAAAUUUCUAUUUCAUGAGUGAGCGCAGCGAACGAGUGAAAUAUUUUUCAACACUCGAAGAGAAAUUUCGUAUCUUCAAGCGGCCAUGUAAUGUUCUAUUUAAUAAAAUAAAAUUAAUGAACUACCAAACCAUUUCACUUUAAUAGAUUUUUGGUGUGAAAGGCGCGAUUUAUAUGGUGAUAUUUUCACAUAUGAAGAUAACACAUGUUAUUUUCACAUGUGAAGAUAUCCAGUUUUCGCGCAAAAGCUUACCUGGUAUUUCGUUGGUGUUUAUAUUAGAAGAAUUGUCAUCCCAUCAAAGACAACGGUUGUGUAAAAUUUCAAGGGGGGGGGGAGGGGGUAUAAACAAGGCGCAUUUUGGUCAAUGUGAAAAUAACGAAUAGUUAAUCUUUUGCUUUAACCCUCAGCCUUAGAGCCAAGAAUGAAUUUUGAGAAUUCAAAACUGGCCUAUUGGAGAACAAUAAAACUUCUUGUUCUUUUUAAGGUUGCCAUUAAGGGCUGAGGGAUGGGGAUUGGGUAUUUUCCUUGGCUAACAUGACUGCAACCCCGCAUACUUUCGUGGGAGAAUAGAAGAAAAACAAACCAAAAGAAAGCUUUGCCUAUUGCCUACAGCCGAUGUAUUUCUAGUUAGUGCAACAGUGUUUGCCUUCAUUGUAUUGGUUCUACUAUUUCACAAUAGUUUUUCUUUUUGACUUACUUUUGCAUGUUAAACUUGGCAAAUGUGUAUAUUCUACUAUUGAUAAUUUUAUUGGUAAAAAUGACUUCCUCAUAUAUUUUUUUGCUUUAUUGCUCAAUUUCUUGCAUGCGUAUUUAUGAAAUGCACUCGGUUACAUCAAUAUACUCUAUUACAGGGUAGGAGGAUUUGCAGUUGUACUGUCUCUUCUUGUGUUUUUCAUUUGUCUGCGUAAGGAGGAAGGUAUGAAUCUUUUGUAGUUUGUGGUAAAUCAGUCCACUCUAAUUGUACAUACCUCCAACAUGGACCGCUAUAUAAAGCAUUGCCUGCCGGGUAUCUCAAUAUUUUAUAUCUGAAUUUGAUUAACUCCAUGAGUGGACAAGAGCACAUGGUGAUCAGUGCUUUCUUAUAAAAUGUUGGUUAAUCAAUAGAUUUUUGUGAAUUUUUUUUUUGUAAGAGGAGGGUGUGGUCAAAUAAUUUUUAUUGGUUUAUUUGAUUAUUAUAUUCCUUGUAGGAAUUAUCUCUGAUGCUGCAGUCAUUAGUCUUGUUAUGAUGUUUAUAUCUUGGGCAAUAAAGCAAGAAAGGUUAAUGCAAGAAAAUUCCCUGGAUGCACCAACACAAUGGCUUUAGUAAGUAAAUCCACAUUUUAUAUCACUAUCAAACAAAUAUUUACCCAGGAGGCACGCUGUUACAAAAUCCUUCCUCCAGCCCUUUACCGGGACAGGUUGAGUAAGAUCACCUGACAAAAUUUGAUCUCAAGACAAUGGUUUCCAUUCGCUCCCAAAGCUUAUGCGCACUGAGCCUUGUACUAUUGAUAAAAUUCAAUCUAACGGAAAUUAAUGACCUUUAUAUUGAAAGUGGAAAUGAAAUUUGAAAUUGAACAUUACUUUAAAAACUUUCUGGCGUCUGUCUGUCUGUUCCCAACUUAACGGGAUCCCGUUCAAAAUGAGGUAAAAAUUUAAAAAAUUGGCGUUAAGCAGAAAGAAACGCAAUAUGUUAUAGAGAGGAAAUUGUGCCUAAAAGAAGUUUUGAUUUUGCAGUGAAAAUAAAUUGGCACGAGUCGACCCCGAUCAUUCAUUCGAAUUAACUGUAAUUCCUAAAAAAAUAACAAUUUUCUUUAUUUUUUAUUUUUAAACCAGUUCAUUCACGGGCAACCGUUCAUUCCUUAGUCUGUUUCUGUCAAUGGCCACAGCGAGCUUAGGUAAAUACUUUUCUGACCCUUUAAUUGAUUUUUAGUUCAAGAGUGCAUGGUCCUUGUUUUUGUUUCAGAAGGUUCAUGUGCAUGAUAUGAUAUAGCCUGCGUAGCAGGCGCUUGGAAGUAGUAGGCGAAAGAGUUAACGGGCGCGCGACUAAGGAGACCCUCACCCCUCCUGUGUCCGUGUCUCCGUCGCGCGUGCCCGUUCUCUUUUUCGCCCACUACUUCCAAGUACCUGCUACGCAGGCUAGAUAUGAUAUGCUCCAUUGUACCGAUGAACCGCCCGAUUUGCGGUCACCUCUCCCGACAGAGCAUCUCCGGCGGUAUGGUAUCAUGGUGUUUUACUUACUUCAAACUGUUGUUUCAUAUUCAGUCAAAGUAUUUUCGUCUUCAAAAACGCCUGCUUGAAGGACAACGAGAGGUUGUCGCAACGUCGAGUAAAGUUUUACUUUGAUUCUGCGGGGGGAAACUAUUUUCUUAUAAUGGAUCCAGCGAGGGAAACCGGCCGUUUGGGUACAAAGUCGUUUCGAUAGAAGUCGUUUCGUUACAAACUCAGUCAAGCAGUGAAAUUGGACAAAAAUUUCGUCCACUUCAAGUACAGUUUGCGCGUGAAAAAUGUGGGUGAAUAUUCUUCAUUCUUUAAGCCAAGAACGUGGAACUAGUUUUUACGCCUCCACUGAAUAAACGUGUGUCGGAACGACUUGUACAGUCGAAACGACCGGUAACCUCCAGAGAGCAAAAACCUUUAUACAUAAGUAGCAGUAUUAGUUGCAUAAACUAAAACCUGAUUCUUCCCCUUGCAGCACUUUCAGUUUGUGCCGAAACUCCCGAAAACGGUAAACGGUCAUUUCGCCCCAGUUACUUAGCCCCAUAUUUUCUAGUUAUUUAAAUUUGUAAUACAUCUCGUUCUUGAGGCGAUGUUAAAGGUUACUUAGGGAGCUGCUUAAAUAACCGGGCGAAAAGACCGUCAAGAUGUUCUUUUUAAAGGAUGCAGUCACUGGUCUCAUUGCAACUUUGCUUGCAAAUUGAAAACAGGGGCGGGGUUAAAGGGCUUUCAUUCAUUUAAUUUUCUUGCAGAACACAUGUCUCGUGCUCAAAGGAUAAUAUCUAUUUUCCUGUCCCCCACAUGUCUGCUGUUUGCUUUGGUGAGAGUCGCGAGUGUUCUUGCUUUGGUGGCAGCCGUUCAACUUUCCUACUCUCAGAAGGUAUAAAACUGUGUGAAAAUGAAUAAUGGUUACGUUCAAAGAGUUAAUAGUUUUACAGCAUUCCACCCAUAUGUUAUAGCGCGAUCCUCAGUCGAGUGUCUUUAACUGAUUGUUGUUCUCGCAGUUCGUCUUCACUUAGCCUGUGAACAGGCUCUCUGUUUGGGGAAAAAUAGCGAGAAAAGGAAAGGGAAAGUGGGGGAGAGACCUGUCAACAGUCAGUGUUCUCGCCGAUAGGAGCUUGCAUCAGGAUCUGAUGCACAGUAGGUACCGUGGAACGGCGGCCCCAAAUGUUUGUCUACAGGCCUUUUCGCUUUUCCCUCUCCCCACCCUGCUCCACUAAAGGCCUGUUCACAGGCUAUUCUUCACUAAGUAGGUUGUGUUGCGAAAAAUCGAAGAGAAAGAGAGACGGAAAAAUCGGGUUCGUGAGGGAGGAAAACGACUUAACGACAGCGCCCAGUGACGCGAUUAGCUGAACGAAAACAAGACCUUAAUCACAGCCAGAAUGAUCUUAACAGUAUUUUGAAGGAAAUGGGUUAUUUCCACUCGAGUCAGUUGUAGUCUGUAAUCGCAUGUAAAUUUUUGGUUACCCGGUCCCUCUGAUUGCCUAGCUUGUUCCUUCGGAUACGAAACCGAAAUGCAUAAUCGUGAAGGCCUUGGAAAACUCCUUUGAGACUUCCGUCUGCUUUUUUGACGUUCUCGUUGCCGUCGCCGUCGCCGUCGUCGUUUCUUAGGGUGUAGUAAAACGGGCAGCAAAAACAUGCAACUAGUUUUGCAACGUUGCUGCAAAACGAGUUGAAUAGCGAUGUUGCAUGUUUUACCACCCACGUUCAAACCUGUCUCGCAACGAAUCUGGUUUAUGCAGGUUGCGAAACGUUGUUGCAGAAAGAAGAGAGUAGUUCUAUUUUCUGCAGCAAAAUCUGUCACCCCAUGUUGCGCGUAUUACCGACCCAAGGCAAACUUGUUUUUCAGGAAGUGUUGUAACCCACGUGUUUGGCGUGACUUCCGCGUAAUUUUAUCCAAUCAAAAGUCAUAUUCAUGUGUCUUGCAACAAUUGUAAGACAGGUUUGAACAUGAGUGGUGAAACGUGCAUCAUUGCUCUUCAACUCGUUUUUCAAAAAAGUUGCAAAACAAAUUGCACGUGUUUUUUGUCUGUUUUACCGUAGCUUUAAGUUCCCUAAUGACCGAGCACGUACAAUCAUGAACAAAAGUCUUGGGACACUUUUGCGUUUCUGGGGCGUUUUCCAAUUCACACACCCUACCCUCAUCCCACAAACAAUGUUGGACGCGUGUAUCCAGAAUUUUUUCCGAGUUUCAUCUUUGUAUAGGGUGGGGGAGGGAGAACUGCAAGACAAUUUCGAAAAGAAUGCACUGUUUUAAGAGGGAACCGAGAAACGACAGAAAAAUAUGAAAAUUGCGGGACUGUCCCAAGGACUUUUGUCCAGGAUUGUAGCUCAGUCAAGGUUAUUAGUUUGAAGAUGAUCGAAGAGAGGAGCGAAGGCAUUUUCUGAUUGAAUGCACCUCUAUUGUUUUAGAACUAGCAAGUCAUUGUUUAAUUCACUGAAGUGAAACAGUUAGUCAUCAUUCCAGUUAGUUACUUCUUGUUCCAGUUCAGUGACCUUAUCCUCAAUUUAUUGAAAAUAAAUCCUCAAUUUUUUGAAAAUAACAACCAAGAGAGAAUAGGUCAUUCUCUCUUGUAAUAACCUGUUCAAAACGAUUGAAAGGUGCAUCAGCUAUACAUAUUGCUGCUAAAAGUUCCUUCAUCACAAACUAGUCGAUUUGAUACUCAUGACAGUUUCGUAUUUUAUUUAAGGAUGAAGAAUGCAGCACAUUGUACGAAGAAGAACCGAGAAUUUACGGAGGUUUCCGUCCUCUUUACCUUCGUUUGAUCAUAAUCUUUGUGUACACUGAAGUGGUAGUUCGCACUAUAGACUCUGCAACUUCGUUUAACGCUCACGAUAUCGCCAACAGAUCUUCCAACAGAGAUGUACUACCGAUGUUAACAGGCAUCAAAGUCUGGCGAAUUAUACAGCUUUUAACAAUUACAAUUACCUACCUCUACCAGCUAUUCAAGCAAGCGGACUAA